GGGAAACCUCAAGCUACCUCCAGGCUUCAUAAAUCACCAGGAAAUGCCCAUCGAUACCCAUCGCCCUCCGUGAAUUAUUGGAACUAUACCAAAGCAUACGAAAGCAAAAUGCCUCAACUUCCUCCAUACCAAUAUACCGGCCCGGUGGACUGCACCAUCCCCCCGGACCCCACCAAGCUCAAGGGGAAGAGCGUCAUCGUGACCGGCGGCGCAAACGGCAUGGGCGAAACCACCGUCCGCCAAUUCGCCGCAGCAGGCGCAUACGUGACAAUCGCCGACGUGAACGUCGAGCGCGGUGAACAGCUCGCAGCCGAACUCGCGCCAAAUGCGCAAUUCGUGAAAUGCAACAUCGUCUCGUGGGACGAGCAGGUCGCUAUGUUUGAGGCUGCCAUUGCGAACUCGCCGAGUAAGAGCUGUGAUGUCGUCAUUGCGAAUGCGGGGAUUUCUCGCGCGAGUGGGGAUAGUCUUUGGCCGUUGGAUGACAUCAACGCCCCACCGGUAAAACCAACCCUCAGCAUCGUCGACGUCAACCUCACGGGCACACUAUACACAUGGAAGCUGGCGGUACACUACUUCCGCAAGCAGCCCGACACCGAAGACCGGGAUCGGUGCUUUAUCAUCACGGGGAGUAUGGUUGCUUGGAUUGAUUCUCCGGCAAACUGGCAGUACACAUGCAGCAAAUACGCCCUGCGCGGGCUGAUGCGCGUUGCGAGGCGGAACUCGUGGGAGCAGGGGAUUCGGAUCAAUUAUGUGGCACCUUGCUACAUAAAAUCCGCCAUUCGCUCACCCACUUACGAAGCGGAGCUGAUCAGCAAGGGCGUCGAGUUCGCGCCACAGGAGGACGUUGCGAAAUGUUUCAUGCGCAUUGCGACGGAUAGGACUAUUAAUGGCCAUUCAUUGAUGAUAACUCCGGCAUCCGUUGCAAAAGAAGGCUUCAUGGACGUCGAUAUGGAUGACUAUACCGAGGGGUACUUUAAGAAGACGCAGGAUUUGCAGUUGCGGAUUAUUGAGGAUCAGUGGGUGGAGGGGUGGGAGAAGGGGAGGACGGCCGAGGGGGGGAAGAAGGCGUAG